GAACGUAGCCGAGUCCCCAGACAAAAAUUAUUUUGUUUUCUUGUUUAUUUACUUUUACUUCCUACAAGUUUUAUCUGAGUUUUUGAAAUUAGAAAAGAAAUUAGUAUAAAGUUGAAUCUGUGACCACAAAUUAAAACUAUGGCUGAAAAAGAAAAACCUGAAAAACUACAAUCCCAACUGAAACACAUCCCCAAAGACGGCCAAGUUGUCUUGGCCAUCAUGAAAGAAAUGGGCAUAACAGAGUACGAACCCAAAACCAUCGUCCAAUUAACAGAGUUCGUUUACAAAUAUGCCACAUCCAUAUUGCAAGAAGCCAAAAUGUAUGCCAGCAACAACCCCAAUAAGAAGUUAUUGGAUGCUGAUGACAUCCGCUUGGCUAUCAAUUUAACUGCUGAAUCUACGUUUACCACUCCACCGCCCAGAGAAGUUGUGAUGGAAUGUGCAGCUGUUAAAAAUUAUUCCAUGUUGCCUACUGUUAAGCCUCAUUGCGGCUUGAGACUGCCUCCUGAACGUUAUUGUCUUUCAUCUUGUAAUUAUACUUUAAAAGCUGCUCAGAAGAAAGUAAUACCUAAGACUGGUUAUAUUUCCGGUGGUCCUGGUAUAAAAAUGACUCCAAAAUCGAAUGUGAGCUUCAUCAGAAAACAAUCUCCAGCGGUGGCAAGGCAAAACAUGACAAUACCAAAACCAACUAUGAAAAUAAGCGGAGCUCCAAUGACAAAUGUGGUAAAACCGAAAAUUCAAAUAACACCAAAUGUGCAAAUGGUACAAUCUCCAGGGGGCAUGCAGAUGGAGCAUACACUGAAGAGAAAGAGGGAGGACGAUUCUGAUGGCAUGCUUUGAUUUUAGACUCGUGUUUUUCUAUAUUAAUUGUUCACAUCAAAUGUCUUUGUAAAUCUCAAAUUGUUAUCAUCAAAUUUUGAGUUUCAUUUUAAAUAAACCCAGUUUUAAUGUUUCUUGAUAAAAGUCAUUUUAAACCAAGGUUGUUUGAAAGAAGUAGAUUGCCUGAUAAUUUUUAUGAUGUUAUCUGGAAACAAAAAAAAAUUCUUUCUUAUAUAAAAGAAACUCAUUUAUUCGUACACAAAGAGUUCAUCACUAUUGACUUAGGCGUAAUUAAUUUAAUACAAUACCAAAUAUGUAUUUUAAAAAUUAGCUAGUUUUUUGUACAAGUGCAUAUUUACAGUAUUUGGCUAUACUACAUGUGUAUUUUAUACAUAAAUUACAUAAAAUAUUUUACAAAAUAACAAAUUAAAAAACUCCUACAUUCUAGAUUUGCUAAGACUGCUUUAGCACCAUCACAUUUUAUAAAAACAAAGUAACCUAUAGCCCAAAUAAUUAUCUAAAGCACAGUCUACAACCAUUAGUAAUUUUUGGCAAAAAAAAUGAAGCAAAAAUUGGUAAGUGCUGAUUUCAAGCUAUUGCCAAUAUUGUUUUUUUCCUUCCAAUAACCUAUAUAAUAGGCACUUCUUAACGCUUAACAAAUAUCAACUAGCCACCAUUUAUGGCUAAUAGUGCCUAACACAAAUCAGUUAUUCUCCAUUAUUAUCUGAAAUAUCAUCACAUAGUAUUCUUUUGGGCCACAAAGUUAUAAGGUUGCCAAUAUCCUAGUAAAGCCCAUACAACCCAUUAUAAAAGUCUGACCACAGCCCCAAAAUAAUGCAUACAAGGGAUUCAUUGGAUAACUUGAAGCCCUGUAUACAAACGCUAUAGCUGCACUACUCACAAUACCAGUCAGCGCUGGAGUAAGUACCCCCAUAAAUAGGAUGGCUAUUGGAAAAUAUUUCCCAAAUUUAUGUUUUCUGAGGGUCAGAAAUGCUAUUAGGGCUGCA